AUGUCUCUGCAAGGCCUCAUCUCUGGUUCCGAAUGCGCAGUGCCAUUCAAUCCGUUAUCUCAGGUUUUGAAGCAUGCGGAAGGUGACCGUAGCCUGCAACAAGACAGGAUUGCCGGGCCCUCUUCCUCCAAGCUUCAUCAUCUUCCGAGCACGUCGUCCGCCCUUGGAGCCGAGCGUGACUUAGCACUGGCACGACAGUUCUUUGAUCCACGUACUCAGACGCCAAACCCUGGCGCGUCCUUCAAUGCUCAAGUCAAUUUCACUCCUUCACAGGUUACCCGCAUGGACCAGGAGAUUGCCAAGGGUUGGAGUGAUGUGAAUUCUAUACAGAACGUUAUGUUUCGUCAAGAGAUUGGCAAGCCGACGACGUCUGGUUGGGCGAGCGAGUUCAGCUCGACUUCUCGGGUAUCUCCUGGCCCUCAGCAGGAGCAGAGCAUUUCUCAGAGACCUGACAUACACCAACGACCAUUUAUGGACUCCAAUAUGUAUGGAGGGUCGAUGUCUUUUGGAAUGUACAACCCGAAUAUGCCCUUUCUGCAGAGCAAUGACAACGGUAAAGGGAAAGGCCGGGAAUUUGACCUCGAAGCAGCUUUCGCUCAACUUGACGCGUCAUUUGCGACGGCCCAAACAGAAGGCGCUAGAAUAGUCGAAGUCGAUGAUGUCGUAUCUGAGCCAUCUGAGAGCACACUACCCCAAGAUCUGCAGGAAACAGAUAAUACCUCAGUAAAGCACAAUACUGAUUUCAAUAGUGUAUGGGAUGAAUUGCAGAAGUCGAGAACCCCUCCUGCGCAUGAAGACAUCGCAAAGUGGGAAGCCGAGUUCAAUCAACUAAUGUCCAGCCAUCGUGAAGACGGCGACUAUGACUACGGAGAGUUCAUGCAAAAUGCAUUUCAUGACGGUCUUGUCGACGAGUUUGGUAACCGUCUAGGCCAGGAUGCGGACACGAUUAAGUUCGACGACAAGGGAUUGCCAAUAUUGGAACCAUACGUGUUCGAGCCCAAUAACAAGUAUCUAGAUCCGUCUAUCGCACCACGUUCUCCGUUGCGGGAAGCCAAAGCUCUCCUUGAGCAGAAUGGCUCAUUAUCGGAAGUGGCGUUACUCUUAGAAGCCGCGAUACAACAGGGCGAACUGGGUACGGGCGGUUAUGAAGCUUGGAUACUCCUUGGAGAGACGAGAAGCAUGGACGAGCGCGAGGAAGCUGCGAUGCGCGCAUUGACAGAAGGGGUCAGGAGGGCAGAGCAAGCAGGUGCCUCCGGCGAGGGCGUGAUGCCGUUGGCUAUUGCGUUUACUAACGAGGGAAUGGAAAGAGCAUCCCAUACUAUGCUUCUUCGGUGGCUCCAAGCUCGGUUCCCUUCCUACGAAAUACCCCAGGACGCUUGGGACUCGCUGUCCCAAUCAACCUGGCACUCACACGAGCGCGCCAAGGAAGUCUUCCUGGACAUUGCGCGCGAUCAAUACAGUCAAGGGGAGAUAGACCCAGACGUGCAGAUGGGACUUGGGGUAUUGUUCUACACAACCACCGAUUAUACUCGAGCGAAGGAUUGUUUCGAGACCGCAUUGACUGUCCGCCCGAAGGAUUAUCUCCUUUGGAACCGAAUGGGCUCUUCGCUCUCUAAUGGCAAUGAACCGGAGAAAGCCCUAGGCGCCUAUAGGGAGGCCCUUCAGCUCCGGCCCACUUAUACGCGGGCUAUUUACAAUGUCGGAGUAGCAUGUGUAAACAUAGGUGCACACACAGAGGCCGCCGAACAUUUUUUGAGUGCGUUGGCCAUGCAAGAGACGUCUGGAGGUACGAAGAGCGAGCACCUGUGGUUGACGCUUCGACGAACGUUUGUGUCCAUGGGACGACCUGAUCUUGCCGACAAGGCGAAUUCGUCGACAAACGUUGGGAUUUUCCGGCAAGAGGGGUUUGAUUUCUAG